UGCCUCGGCUAAUCGCUUUGCUAGGUGGCGACCAGCGCCGCGCUCUCUGCCAAUGACCUGACGGGAAACACAGCUCCGGACUCGACAGCUUGUUGUUCGUGUAUUGCGUCGCAAGCCGGGGCGAGAGGGAAGCAAGACGCUUCGUUGAACCGAUCAACAAAGCUCCCAAGGUGGUCUUCCUCAUCUAAGCGCAUAAGAUGAAGGCAGCCGACGAGCCGGCCUACUUGACCGUGGGCACCGACGUGAGCGCCAAGUACAGGGGGGCCUUCUGCGAGGCCAAGAUCAAGAUUGUGAAGCGGCUGGUGAAGGUCAAGGUGACUCUGAAAGGGGAGAGCACCAGCCAGGUGGUCCACGAUGACCAGGUCAAAGGCCCCCUCAGGGUGGGCUCCACGGUCGAGGUGAAGACAAACGAGGGCGCGUGCAGCGAGGCCGUCAUCAGCAAGCUGACGGAUGCUAGCCUCUACACCGUGGUUUUUGACGACGGGGACGAGAAGACGCUGCGACGGUCGUCUUUGUGCCUGAAGGGUGAGCGGCACUUUGCAGAGAGCGAGACCCUGGACCAGCUUCCUCUGACCAACCCGGAACACUUUGGCACUCCGGUCAUCGGGAAGAAGUCCAACCGCGGUCGUCGCUUCUCGCAGGCUGUGGCGGGCGAGGAGAACGAGUCGUCGUCCAGCGAAGAAGACGAGGAUGACCGCAGGAGGCUGAACGAUGAAUUGCUGGGGAAGGUCUGUAGCGUCAAGAAGGAGGAGCAGCCCGCCGCCUGGUUCCUGGCGCUGGUGGUGUCGCCCAGCUGCAAUGACGAGCUGGUGGUGAGGAAGGAUCAGUGUCUGGUCAGAUCCUUCAGUGACUCCAAGUUCUGCACAGUUGCCAGGAGGAACGUGCACCCCCUCAACUCCAUCAGCAUCAACAAGUCGGAGCUCUCGAACACGCAAGGUUUUGAAGCGGCUCAGAUAUUUGCCAGGUGCAGGGAGGUGCCAGAGGUUUGGAAGAUGGACAUGAGUCAGAUCUUGGACUCGUCCACCAGUGACGAAGAUGACGACAACGGGGAGGAGAAGGAGAGCGAGGACGACGACACAGACGAGGAUGAGAAGAGAAAGAAGCUCCUCAAAGAGGAGCCCGAGGAGGAGCAGGACCCGGAGGAGCGAGAUCACUUCCUGCAGCAGCUCUACAAGUUCAUGGAGGACCGAGGCACGCCAAUCAACAAGCCGCCAGUGUUGGGUUACAAGGACCUGAACCUGUUCAAGCUCUUCCGCCUGGUCUUCCAACACGGCGGUUGUCGUAAGAUUGAGAGCGGCAUAGUGUGGAAGCAGAUCUACAUGGACCUGGGUAUUCCCAUCCUCAACUCGGCAGCAUCGUACAACGUCAAGACCGCGUACAAGAAGUACCUUUUUGGCUUCGAGGAGUACUGCCGCUCUGCCUGCAUCACCUUCAGGACUAUUCACCACAACAACCCGCGCUCGCCUAAAGCGCACGCCGUCUCCAGGAUGGCCGCCAGGUCAGAGUUCAAGGAGGAGGACAAGGGCACCGAGUCUGACAGCGAAAGCGACGACCCCAAGGACAAACCGUUGUCGCCUAGGGGGAGUAGGCGAGGCGGCGCCAAGGCGGAAGCGCCCAACAAGGGAAGAGACGAGAACGGCGAGGAGCCCAGGGAUCCACCGCGGCGCAGCAGCCGGCGUCUGGACGGCUCCGACAGGGGCUCUGACGAUGACGAGGAGGAGGAGGAAGAUCAGGAUGAGGAUGACGACCAAGAUGACGAGGACGAAGAGCGAGCCAGGCGCCUAGGAGCCCGGAGCGAGGACGAAGGGGAAGGCGACGCCUUGACAGGGACUAAGGUGAGAGUGAAGUACGGCCGAGGAAAGACACAAAAGAUCUACGAGGCACACAUCAAGAAGACGGAUACAGACAACGGCGAACAUUUCUACCUGGUGCACUAUUACGGCUGGAACGUCAGGUACGACGAAUGGGUGAAGGCCGACCGCAUCAUCUGGCCGGCCGAGAGAGGAACCCGCAAGAGAACCCGGAAGAAGGUGAAGAACAAAGAGGAAGUGGACAAAGAGGACGACAAGGCUCAGAUGGCGGUGUUGAUGGCCACGCCUCCGCCAACCAGACCCGUGGCGGCCAGGCGAGGGCGCCCCCAUAUCCGGACUGCGCCUGCCAAUGUGCCGCCCGGUCGUAAGAUGCCAAGCGGCGAGGGCAAGUCCAACCCCAUGAGCGCCCGCACAGACACACCUCCCAACGUGGCCAACGGUGACAAUGCGCCACGCUUCAGGAGGACCAGGAGGACUUCCGGGAUGUACGACUCGGAUCACGCCUCAAACGAGGAUUCUGGGAACUCAACGGUUGAUAGCGACUCAGAAGAGCCACCUGAAAAGAAACUGUCGCCCUGGCGGGGCAGACCCAAAAAUGUCGGGGAGAGGGAGGAGGCCGUGUCGUCAGGAAAGGAGGCGGAGUUGAGCGAGGUUGUUGUCCCGAUAACAACUCGGCUGCCUGUCACGCCGUCCCGCUCCAGCACGCCACAGGAGGACGUCGCCCAGGUUGCAAGUCCCUCCGAAGACGAGGAGAACCCAGAAGACGAAGCGUUGGCAGUGAAGGACGAAGUGACAAAUGAGCAGAAAACCGUUGUGGAGAAACUGUGCCUGGUCUCUUCCCCAGGCAGGGCGUCCCCUCGGUAUGACGAUCUGCAGGACGCCACCCCUGCACCGUCCAAAGACUUCAAGACCCCGCCUUUGUCGCCAGCCAUGCUCAAAGUUCACAACUCUGAUAGGCUGCCUAAAAUCUCCACCUCGCCAUUUGCCAUCAGUCCUGAAGCUUCACUGCCGCCGCCUCCAGCUCCUGCACCUCCUCCUCGAAGUGUCCCGAAGAGACCGGAUGAACCCAUGGUGGUCCUCCACUGCCUUCCUGUGCCGCGCUUCCACCCGGAGGAGCCGACUUCAACUCCAACCACCGUGCCCUCAGACACUGACUCCGCCAGUGAGGAAGAGGAGGAAAAACCAGAGCUGAAGCUCCGCCCUGAAAGGAAGCAAGACGAGGUUACACCUGCCUCCCCCAAGUCUUUGGCGAGUCCCACCAAGGUAGGUGCCGGCGUGUCACCCAAGUCCCACCCGUCGCCCCUGCGUGGCGCCGAGGCGGAAAGGAGGAGCCAUCGAGCUGUGAGGGCGAAUGAGGUGCAAGGACAAGCAGAUGAGGUUUCAAAGGAACAGCCCGAGAAGGAGCUCCGGACACCGCCCCAGGCCCAGGAGGCCCUCGGGCCUGCCCCAAACGAGGAGCCACAAAUGGGUGCUGAGGCGUUACUUUGCCACGAAGUAGACCUAGACGACCCCGAUGACAAGGACAAACCCACCCCUUCCUCGGAGCCCCUCAUCGCCAGGGAGCAGCCACCAGCGCCCCAUCGCCCCUUCUUUCCCGAGCCCAUCUCCUGCUGCACCCCCUGUCCGGAAGUACUCCGCCCAGCCAGUUUCGAGAUGGAGGCGGAGACCAAGGUAGUGGUGGCUGUGGUGGCAUCAGGCGCAGAGAAAGAGACAGAUGCCCUGUCCAGUUUGGACCGCAACGUGACGCAAGAGGCCCGAGGUCAGAAGCGUCUGGCAGAGUGUCAGACAAGCCCCGCCUCCAAGAAACACAAACGAAACCACAAGCGCAACAGUGGCACCCCCAAAACUGACAAGAACGGCACUGGUCACAGCAGCGACAGUGAGGACCAGUCACGUCUUUUGUCUUUGUCAAAGUCCAACAAGUCUCGCUGCACUGGGGCUGGGUCGCCACACACCAAAGACAAACAUAGCGCCACCUCCCCACAGCGAGCCCACAAGUGGACCUUCCAGCUCGACACUCUGGACAGCAUGUCGAGCAGCGAGAGGAUCUCUUUCCUGCAGGACAAGCUUCAGGAGAUCCGGAAAUACUACAUGAGCCUCAAAUCUGAGGUGGCGUCCAUUGACAGACGUAGGAAGCGCCUAAAAAAGAAGGAGCGGGAAGUGUCCAACACCACAGCGUCUCUGUCCUCGGGUUCCUCGGACACGGCCAUGAGUCCAUCCUCUGCCUCGCCCACUCAGAGCACCUUGGCUGUGGAGUGCAGGUGAUGACACGCCUGCCCCAGACCCCCCUUCCCCAGGGACAGACGUUUGGAUGCCUCCCGCCCGACUGACGUUCAGACGCAGCGGGAACACGACGGACCACAGAAAAAGACUGACUUCCUGUGAAGAUGAUUGGACAGCCACAGAGCACCCCCCGCACUUUUUGCCUUCCUUUAUUCACUUCCUCAUUCUGUCAACUUCCUCUCUUCUUCCUGCCCUUAUUUCUUCACUUUUUGGAUCCCCCCCACAUUUUCAUUAUUUCCUGAUGGCAUCUGCAUACGAUUUUUCUACCUUCCCCUUCUUUUCCCCUUAUUUCCUUCCUUUUCUGCUCUUAUUUCAUCCCAUAAGUUCCUAUCCCCCAUCACUUUGUCUCUCCUCACUUCUUUUUUCCAUCCUUUUCAUCCUCCCUCUGUAUACCUUCAGCUCAUCUGGGUUAGUGUGAACUUUUUUCUGAGCAGAGAUCAAAGUUCAACUCAAGGUUUUGGGGGCAAAGGAGAUGCUUAUGCAAUGAAAUCUUUGACACAAAAUUAUUAAAUCAAGUAAAAUUAUUUUUUUAUUUACUUUUCUAUUAAAUUAGAGCUUCUAUUUUGGUAAGAAAAAAAAGGAAAAAGUUGAAUAAAGAUGUUUUGUUUUUGUGUUUGCAUUGCAGUGAGGAAGUUUGAGUUAAUAAUUAGGACUUUGAAAGUUUAAUUUCUGACAGGACAAAAAACAAAAGCUCUUCCUUGCCUCAACGUGACAUUGUCAAACAUUUUGUGGCCCGCUCACUUUUCAUUUCUUCUCCACUUACCGUUUCCUGUUUUGCUCACGGACUCUCCUGUAUAUAAGAUGAAAUGCGAAAAUGUAAAGAAUGAUUUAUAAUAUUUUUAAGAGAAGACUUUGUACACUUCUGUCAGCUGCCAAGGAGACACUUCCUGGACAUGCAGCGCCGGUUUUUAAUAAAGUUCUUAAAUAUCAGGCGUGUGCAUGCGCAUGUGUGAGAUGCGCGAGUGUGAGAUGUGCGAGUGAGUGAUGCGUGUCAGCAGCAGAGGGUGCGAAAGGAAAAAAGUGUGUGCGCGUGUGAAAUGCAACCACACUGAUGACAGCACAGAUUUAUUCUUUUUCUACACAUGACAUAAAAUACAUGGAAGGCUUUUUGAGGGUAUGGUGUCUGUCUCAUCUGGGCUGUGCCAACAGACCGGCUUUGGCUGCCAGUGCCUCGUUUUGCUGGAUGUGGUACUCCUGGAAGCGCAUAGAGAUCCGCUGCGUCAUCUUCAAGUACUUCUGGAGACAUGACUCGGAGCAGCUCGACUGAGAACCAAGGACAAGAUGAUAAUGGGAAUUCGAGACAAUCACAUGACAACAAAACAGCACCUGGCCGGCCAAUACCUCCUCGGGGCGGACUUCCCGGCUGGUGAAGUCUUUAACGCAGUCCAUGAAGCAGUUCUCAGUCAGCUUGUUGUAUGUCCCGAGGAACUCUUUGAACUGAAAUUGUCACAACGUUAAAAAGCCAUCUCCGUUAAUUUCUCAAAAACAGGAUGUGUUUGUUGACCUGUUUGAUCUGAUCUGACUCGGACACCUGAACCGUCAUGUUGGACGAAGGAAUAACUAGCAGUGAGCCCUCUUCUCGCGAGCUACAAAAGAACAAGACAUAUUUACAGAUAUUUAUUUUUACUUUCCCAAUUUUCUAGUCUAUUUGCCUAAGAAAAUGUUGUAUUACAAUAGUAAAAUAGUGUAUUUUGUCGACGGAGUAAUCAGAGUUAAACGGAACAAGCACCAGCGUUGUGGCUAAAAGCUAGCCAAGUCAAUUUUGCUUUCUAUUCAAUUAGCUGCAGAUGCUAAUUUAUUCAGAUCACGGCCUCUAAAAAUAAUGCAACUACGGCGAUCUUAUGUAUUGUGGCUUUACAGAAGACCGCGAACUUGUCGUUCUUUCCUCCUCACCCGGUUUGAGUUUGCCGUGAAACGCUUCAAGUGGACUGAAGGACGAACGGACGGAGAGGAAAUGUACAUUCGAGUCCUUCAAAAACGUUAAUACAGAAAUAAAACGUGCAAAAAGCUGCAACGGCGUUAACUAGGUACUUUGCUUAACAAUUGUGUGUAUGCGUUUAAGUUUCCCGACACCCAAUAGAAAGUUUAAAAAUUGAAGUUGUCAGUUGUCUCCCAAACGGCAAAU